AUGGCACCUAGUAAGCAGUGGAUGCAACUUGUUGAUAAUCGUCUCGAUGAAAUCUAUUUGAUCGGCGUGCAAAAGUUUUUGAAUAAUGCUUUUCAAAAAACAGGAGAAGAACAUGAAAUACGAUGUCCAUGUGUCAAAUGUUACAAUACAACUUUAGGAACUCGUAAAACAGUUGAGACACAUUUGCAAAUACAUGGAAUAAUUCGCAAUUAUACUUUUUGGUAUCACCAUGGAGAACGUUUGGGUGAGCCAUUAUCAGAAUCAGAACAUGAAGAUGAAGAUGAAAAUGUUAUAGAAGAAUGUGAGAGUGAAGAUGAAGUAGAAGAACUAUUGAGAGAUUUAUAUCCUAAUCUUGAUGGAGGAACUACACAUACUGGUUGUGAUGACUUUCUUGAAGAGGAACCAAAUGUUGAAGCAAGAAAGUUUUACAGCCUAUUAAAGGAUUUUGAGUGUCCAUUAUACAAAAAUUCAAAAGCUUCAAAGCUUUCCACUUUGAUCAAAUUGCUUCAUAUAAAAAGUAUGGGUCAUUGGAGUAAUGCAUCAUUUACAAUGCUAUUGAAAAUGUUGAAAGAGGAGUUAUUGCCUGAUGGUGCCAAUUUGCUAAAUUCAUAUUAUGAGGCAAAGAAGAUAAUUCAAGAACUUGGUCUUUCAUACAAGAAGAUCGAUGCUUGUACUAAUGAUUGCAUGUUAUACUGGAAGGAUGAUAGCUUACUUGAUUCUUGCAAGUCAUUUGAUGAACUUCAUCCUUCAUUUGCGGUGGAGCCUCGAAAUGUUCGACUUGGACUUGCUAGUGAUGGAUUUCAACCAUUCCGGAAUUCAAAAACCUCACGUAGCAUUUGGCCUGUAGUUCUUAUCCCUUAUAAUUUACCACCUUGGUUGUGCAUGAAGCAAGAAAAAUUUAUUUUGUCAAUGCUUAUUCCGGGUCCAAAUGGUCCAGGAGAUGCAAUUGAUACAUAUCUUCAGCCUUUAAUAGAGGAAUGGAAGGAGUUGUGGGAAGUUGGUAUUGAGACCUAUGAUGCAUCAACUAAGCAAAAUUUUAAGUUGCAUGCUUCUUUAUUAUGGACCAUCAAUGACUUUCCAGCAUAUGAAAAUUUAUCGGGAUGGAGUACGAAAGGAAAAUUGGCAUGCCCAUGUUUCAAUAAAGACACUUCCUCAAUUCGAUUAACUAAGGGUAAGAAACAGUGUUUUAUGGGUCAUCGGCGUUAUCUUUCUCAGAAUCACAAAUGGCGAAGUGAGAAGGGGUCAUUUGAUGGUAUAGUGGAGAAAAGGCCUCCACCAAAAGUUAAUCACUUUUCAGAUGAGACUUAUGGUUCACUUCAAUUUUAUAGAGAGUUUGCACAAAGUCAUGAGAAUGCUCGACACUUGUCUGAUGCAGAAUGGAGCCGACAAUUUAUUGCAUGGUUUAAAGAUAGGGUCGCACAAUUGCACAAACAAGAUGAUAGUCAGAUCAUGGAAGAUCUACUCUCACUUUCACGCGGUCCCACCAAAUAUUCAACGCAUUCUAAUGGUUAUGUCGUUAAUGGAUAUAGGUUUCAUGUAGAAGAUUAUGAUAACAAGUUAAGGACUCAAAAUUGUGGUGUUGUUGUAUUGGGUGAGAAUGACGAAGAUAGUGAGAACCUUGAUUACUAUGGAGUUUUAAGAGAUGUGAUUGAGUUGCAAUUUGUCAUGGAUAGAAGAGUGAUUUUAUUCCGAUGUAAUUGGUUUGAUGUGUAUGAUGAAAUAAAAGGAGUUAAAAAGGAUGAGUAUGAUUUUGUUGGCAAGUAG